CGCGGGAGGGGCGGGGCUGGACGGCAUGUCCUGGGUGCCGGGAGCGGGCGGCUGGUAGUGGGCGGCGUAGAGCACUGCGGCUGCAAUGACUGAGGGCACGUGUCUGCGGCGCCGAGGGGGCCCCUACAAGACCGAGCCCGCCACCGACCUCGGCCGCUGGCGACUUAGCUGCGAGAGGGGCCGGCAGACGUGGACCUACCUGCAGGACGAGCGCGCCGGCCGCGAGCAGACCGGUCUGGAAGCCCACGCCCUGGGGCUGGACACCAAGAAUUACUUUAAGGACUUGCCCAAAGCCCACACCACCUGUGAGGGGGCUCUGAACGGGAUGACAUUUUACGUGGGGCUGCAGGCUGAGGAUGGGCACUGGACGGGUGACUACGGUGGCCCACUUUUCCUCCUGCCAGGCCUCCUGAUCACUUGCCACGUGGCACGCAUCCCUCUGCCAGCUGGAUACAGAGAAGAGAUUGUGCGGUACCUGCGGUCAGUGCAGCUGCCCGACGGUGGAUGGGGCCUGCACAUUGAGGAUAAGUCCACCGUGUUUGGGACUGCGCUCAACUAUGUGUCUCUCAGAAUUCUGGGUGUUGGGCCUGACGAUCCUGACCUGGUACGAGCCCGUAACAUUCUUCACAAGAAAGGUGGUGCUGUGGCCAUCCCCUCCUGGGGGAAGUUCUGGCUGGCUGUCCUGAAUGUUUACAGCUGGGAAGGCCUCAAUACCCUGUUCCCAGAGAUGUGGCUAUUUCCUGACUGGGCACCGGCACACCCCUCCACACUCUGGUGCCACUGCCGGCAGGUGUACCUGCCCAUGAGCUACUGCUAUGCCAUUCGGCUGAGUGCCGCGGAGGACCCGCUGGUCCAGAGCCUCCGCCAGGAGCUCUAUGUGGAGGACUUCACCAGCAUCGACUGGCUGGCGCAGAGGAACAAUGUGGCCCCCGACGAGCUGUACACGCCGCACAGUUGGCUGCUCCGCAUGGUGUAUGCACUCCUCAACCUGUAUGAGCGCCACCACAGUGCCCACCUGCGGCAGCGGGCCGUGCAGAAGCUGUAUGAACACAUUGUGGCUGACGACCGAUUCACCAAGAGCAUCAGCAUUGGCCCGAUCUCGAAAACCAUCAACAUGCUUGUGCGCUGGUAUGUGGACGGGCCCGCCUCCACUGCCUUCCAGGAGCACGUCUCCAGAAUCCCGGACUAUCUCUGGAUGGGUCUUGACGGCAUGAAAAUGCAGGGCACCAACGGCUCACAGAUCUGGGACACCGCCUUUGCCAUCCAAGCUCUGCUUGAGGCAGGCGGGCACCACAGGCCUGAGUUUUCAUCCUGCCUGCAGAAAGCACAUGAGUUCCUGCGACUCUCGCAGGUCCCAGAUAACCCUCCCGACUACCAGAAGUACUACCGCCAGAUGUGCAAGGGUGGCUUCUCCUUCAGCACGCUGGACUGCGGCUGGAUCGUUGCUGACUGCACAGCUGAGGCCUUGAAGGCUGUGCUGCUCCUGCAGGAGAAGUGUCCCUAUGUCACCGAGCACAUCCCCCGAGAGCGGCUCUGCGAUGCUGUGGCUGUGCUGCUGAACAUGAGGAAUCACGACGGAGGGUUCGCCACCUACGAGACCAAGCGUGGGGGGCACUUGCUGGAGCUGCUGAACCCCUCGGAGGUCUUCGGGGACAUCAUGAUUGACUACACAUAUGUGGAGUGCACCUCUGCCGUGAUGCAGGCGCUUAAGUAUUUCCACAAGCAUUUCCCGGACCACAGGGCAGCAGAGAUCAGGGAGACCCUCACGCAGGGCUUAGAGUUCUGUCGGCGGCAGCAGAGGGCCGAUGGCUCCUGGGAAGGCUCCUGGGGGGUUUGCUUCACCUACGGCACCUGGUUUGGCCUGGAGGCCUUCGCCUGCAUGGGGCAGACCUACCAAGAUGGGACUGCCUGUGCAGAGGUCUCCCGGGCCUGUGACUUCCUCCUGUCCUGGCAGAUGGCAGAUGGAGGCUGGGGGGAGGAUUUUGAGUCCUGCGAGGAGCGGCGUUACGUGCAGAGCGCCCAGUCCCAGAUCCAUAACACAUGCUGGGCCCUGAUGGGGCUGAUGGCCGUUCGGCAUCCUGACAUCGAGGCACAGGAGAGAGGAAUCCGAUGUCUGCUUGAGAAACAGCUCCCCAAUGGAGACUGGCCGCAGGAAAACAUCUCCGGGGUCUUCAACAAGUCCUGUGCCAUCUCCUACACGAGCUACAGGAACGUCUUCCCCAUCUGGGCCCUCGGCCGCUUCUCCCAGCUGUACCCUGAGAGAGCCCUUGCCGGCCACCCCUGAGAACAUGCCUGCCUGCUGGGUGCCAUCUGUGUGUUCCAGUGAGGCCGAGGGGUCCUGGCCGGGUAGGGGAGCCCUCCCAUAACCCUGUCUCGGGCUCCAGCCCCUCUACCUCUGCCUCACAGAUGUGAAUCUGGGGACCAGGCCGGAGGCAGGGAUGGGGACAGGGUGGGUGGCUUAGACUCUUAAUUUUCACUGUAGGUUCAUUUCUGAGAGUCGCUUGUCGGGCUUGGGUGAGGAAGGGGGCACAGUGCCUUUUGCCACCUCUGGGCAGGGCCUCCUCGAGGUAGUGAGGCUAGGAGGGUUUUUUCUGACCAAUCGCUGAGUUCCUGGGAGAGGAGCAGCUGUGCCUGUGCGAUUCCUGAGUGUCGAGUGGGCUUUGGGCUGGGGUUGGCCCUGGGCAGGCUGCUUUCCUGCACCUUCUGUCUGCUGGGCUGAGGGACACGAGGGCAACCCUGUGACAAUGGCAUGUACGGUGUGCAUCCGUGAACAGCCCAGUGUGGGGGUGCUCAUGGAGCAUCCUGAGGCUGUGCGGCAGGGAGUCCCAUGCCCCGGGUCCUGAGCUCGCCUGUAUAUGUGGGGAGUGUCAUGGAGCCCCACAUCCCUGAGUCAUGAGCUCACCCGUGUAUGCGGGGGCUGUCACGGAAUGUCCCAAGUCUGUGCAGCAGGGAGUCCCAUGCCCCUGAGACGUGAGCCCACCUGUGUGGAAUGUGGUUUGUGAGGUGCCUACAGGGCUUAUAGUAGUCUUAAGGUCACAGAAAUGCACAGGGGAGGCCGAGGUUAACCAGGGGUGAGGGGCAGGCAGCAGUCGUGGUCUCUGCCGCGAGGCACUACUAUAUGCAGGGACAGCCAGCGCCCAGCCCAUCACCACUCCCUGGGCUGACUGGGCAGGUAUGGCACCCUGGGAGCCCGGCAUAUGCCCAGGGCACCCCUACAGCUGCUGCCAGUCUCACGCCAAGGCAGGUGCUCUGGGCUGGAGCGAGGGCCAGGUUUUGGGUCGAGGCUUCCCCAGGCAAUCCUAUGAGCUCCCUUCUAGCCUCUGACCCAGUCUAGUCUGGCUUGCAUGGAUGUAGGGCUUGGGAUAGGAAGUUCAGGUCCUGGCUUUGCCUUUGAGUGAUGUGGAUGAGCAGCUCACGUGCUCAGGGCCACCCGAGACUGUCACUCUUCUCCCCUGGCUAUUGGGAGGAGUCACUGAGAGCUUUGUUACCCUUGCUGCCUUGCCCAGAGCACACCCUACGCCUCCUUAUCUGCUCUCCCUCCCCUCCCUGCUGCCUCCUGGCUGAUUGCCCUCCCUUGGGCAGUGGAGGUCUGCGUCUGGACACCCUCGGAACCUGUCAUUUCCCGCCCAGAGUUCUUCAGGGCCACCCCUCUGCCUUGGUGCAGGGUCCAGGGCUCUCACCCAGGCGCUGCACCCUCUGGGGUCUCCUGUCCAGCUCCCUUGCCCCACCUGCUGUCACUGACUCUCCUUGGGACUCACCUGCCUGCUCAGAGCCCUGCAGGGCCUGGUCAGCUGCCUGUUGAGUGUCAACACUUGUCUGCACAUCUUAAAACUCGGGUUUAUUUUCGCAGAAGAAACUGUGGUGGGACCCUUGACAUCUGUCAGGUUUGCACAUGCUGUUUUUUUCUCAGCCCACGUGUUCUCCCUCACGUGGGGCAGCAGCAGGACAGAGAGUGAAUCACAGAGUCUGCCCUGAGCAGAGGCUGCUGUCCCUGGGACUCCUAGCCAUGGUCAGAUCAUUGUACAAAACAGUUUUCCAGAAAUUAAAUGUAAAUCCAUUUUCAUAGUGAAAAUGUUAUUGAAAGUCACUUUUACGAGCAACUACCUUAAUAAACAGACAUUGAUUCCCUUUUCA